AUGUUGGGAAAGAAACGUAGUAGACAGACCAUGUUUCUUAACUUGGAAGAUGUCAAGCAAGCAGGUCCCAUCAAAACCUCAACCCCUAGAAGACAGACUUUCACAUCACCAGUUAUAAGUCGUACUGUGAAGGAAGUUCGUACUGUUCCUGCACAAGUUGAACGCGUUGGAAUAACUAAGGAUCAGAAUCAAUCUGACUCUUCUUUUGGUGAAGGUGUAAAUCAAAUUGAAACAAAUGAACCUAAAUCUGAUUGUAACAGUGAUAAUUCUGGAUCAUUUGGUAGGCUUAGGAGGAUCAACAGUGAGACUGAAUCUCCUAUGGAGGUCAAUUUACCACCCAUACCAAGACAGGGAUCAUGGAAACAACAGACAGAGUUGAGGCAGCAGAAGAAUGCAUUUGUUUCUAAUAGGAAGUUGGGUCUGAGUGGUCAAAGCUCCAAUGAUGUCAGACCAGUAAACAAGAAACAUCACUCUAUCAAGAAGCAAACCCCUAUGAGUUUCCCGUCCCAGGACUCAUCCGUUGAACGCCUCAUCCGGGAGUUAUCACACUGUGAGAAUCAUAACACUGGAGAGACAUGCAAAGGAGAGACCGAUUUGAAGUGUGUUCCUGGGAAGUUUGAAUCAGUGGAAGAGUAUGUUCGAGUAUUUGAGCCUUUGCUUUUUGAGGAAUGCCGUGCUCAACUUUACAGUACUUGGGAAGAAUCAACAGAAACUGUUUCAAGGGAUACUCAUAUUAUGGUGCGAGUAAAGGCAAAUGAGUCAAGAGAAAGAGGUUGGUAUGAUGUGAAAGUACUUCCAGUACACGAUUUUAAAUGGUCAUUUAAGGAGGGUGAUGUUGCAAUUCUUUCGUCCCCCAGGCCUGGAUCAGUCAGACCCAAGCAGAACAAUUCAUCUUUAGCUCACGAUGGUGGGGAAUCAGAAAUCACUGGACGUGUGGUGGGUACUGUUAGGCGGCACAUACCUAUUGAUACCCGUGAUCCUCCUGGUGCAAUACUCCAUUACUAUGUAGGGGAUUCUUACGAUCCUAGCAGGGCUGAUGAUGAUCAUAUCGUAAGGAAACUUCAAACCGGAAGCAUUUGGUAUCUCACAGUGCUUGGUUCUCUCGCUACAACACAGAGGGAAUAUGUUGCUCUACAUGCAUUUCGUCGCUUAAAUGUGCAGAUGCAAACUGCAAUUCUAAAGCCUAGUCCUGAACACUUCCCAAAAUAUGAGCAGCAGACCCCGGCAAUGCCUGAAUGCUUCACGCCAAACUUUGUUGAGUACCUGCGCAGGACCUUCAAUGAACCCCAGUUGGCAGCAAUCCAAUGGGCAGCCAUGCAUACAGCCGCCGGUACAAGUAGUGUGGCAACAAAGAGGCAAGAUCCUUGGCCUUUUACUCUUGUUCAAGGACCUCCAGGAACAGGAAAAACACAUACAGUAUGGGGAAUGUUGAAUGUCAUUCACCUUGUGCAGUAUCAACACUACUACACCUCAUUGCUUAAGCAUGUAGCUCCUGAAAGCUACAAACAUGCUAAUGAGCUCAAUUCAGAGAAUGCCCCCACAGGAUCUAUUGAUGAAGUUCUUCAAAAUAUGGAUCAAAAUCUGUUAAGAACUUUGCCUAAACUAGUCCCAAAGCCUAGAAUGUUAGUUUGUGCUCCUUCUAAUGCUGCCACUGAUGAGCUUCUUUCCCGUGUUCUUGAUCGUGGAUUUAUUGAUGGAGAGAUGAAAGUAUAUCGACCUGAUGUUGCUCGGGUUGGGGUUGAUACUCAGACACGGGCUGCCCAAGCAGUUUCUGUUGAGCGGAGAACUGAACAACUUCUGGUCAAGACUCGAGAAGAAGUUUCUGGAUGGAUGCAACAGUUAAGAAAUCGUGAAGCACAGUAUACUCAGCAGUUGCAUUGUCUUCAUAGAGAUCUGAAUGCUACUGCUGCUGCUGUACGCUCCCAAGGAUCUGUUGGUGUUGACCCUGACCUUCUUAUGGCCCGUGAUCAGAAUCGAGAUGUUUUGCUGCAGAACCUGGCAUCUGUAGUUGAAGGCAGGGAUAAGGUUCUGGUGGAGAUGUCUCGCCUUGCUGUUUUGGAAGGUAGGUUUCGACCUGGUAGUGGUUUCAAUUUGGAAGAGGCCCGUGCUAGUUUAGAGGCCAGUUUUGCCAAUGAGGCUGAAAUAGUUUUCACUACAGUAUCUAGCAGUGGCCGCAAGUUGUUUUCUCGUCUUUCCCAUGGCUUUGAUAUGGUAGUCAUUGAUGAGGCAGCCCAAGCCAGUGAGGUGGGAGUUCUUCCUCCUCUUUCUCUUGGGGCAGCACGGUGUGUUCUUGUUGGAGAUCCUCAGCAGCUCCCUGCCACAGUUAUCAGCAAGGCUGCCGGAACACUGAUGUACAGCAGGAGUCUUUUUGAAAGGUUCCAACAAGCAGGAUGCCCUACAAUGUUGCUGUCUGUGCAAUAUAGAAUGCAUCCUCAAAUUCGGGAUUUCCCUUCUAGAUACUUUUAUCAGGGGCGCCUUAGUGACAGUGAAAGUGUGAUAAAAUUGCCUGAUGAACCAUACUAUAAAGACCCUUUACUUAGACCUUAUAUAUUCUAUGAUGUAAGACAAGGCCGGGAGUCUCACAGAGGUGGAUCGGCCUCCUACCUCAACACAGUUGAAGCACAAUAUUGUCUCCGAUUGUACGAACAUGUUCAGAAAGCAGUGAAAUCUUUGGGUCUGGGAAAGAUUUCUGUUGGCAUAAUUACUCCUUAUAAGCUGCAGUUGAAAUGCCUCCAACGUGAGUUUGAGGAAGUCUUAAAUUCAGAAGAAGGGAAGGAUCUAUAUAUCAACACUGUAGAUGCUUUCCAAGGUCAAGAGCGUGACGUGAUUAUAAUGUCUUGUGUGCGUGCUGGUCAUGGGGUUGGUUUCGUUGCUGAUAUACGUCGGAUGAAUGUUGCCCUUACGCGUGCAAGAAGGGCUCUUUGGGUGAUGGGAAAUGCAAAUGCACUGACACAUUCUGAGGAUUGGAAAGCAUUGAUUGCUGAUGCAAAAAACCGAAAUUGCUACAUGGACACAGAAUCUCUUCCCAAGGACUUUUUGGUACCCAAGGGAGCUGUUUACACACCAUUGCCUGGUAAGGCACCCUUGAAUAUGAGGGGUAUGAGAUCAGGUGGGCCAAGAUAUAAUAGAUCAAUGGAGAUGCAUAUGGAAUCCAGAGUUGGAGCACCAUCUGAAGAUGACGAGAGGAUGAAUGGUGCUUCAGUAAGCUCCAGAAAUGGGAACCAUCGUCCACCACGUUAUAUAACAGAUAACUCGUUAGAUGAUUUGGGUGAUAAAUCCAGAGAUGCCUGGCAGCAUGGCAUACAGAAGAGGCAGGGUUCAACUGGAACCAUGGCAAAGAGAGAUGUAUAG